AUCUUCAUUUUCGCCUUCACUUCAACAAACCAAAAGAAAGCAAAACAAAAAAAGCUUUCUUGAUUUCAAGAAAGUAAAACAGAAACAAACUGUUUUCUUCUUUUUCUGCAAUCUCUAAUGGCGGCAUCAGUAGACAAUCGCCAAUUCCACCUUGACCAAACUUUAAACGGCGUCGUUCGCCAGUUCAAAUCCAGCCCCACUCGCCGCUCUGAUUCUCCCAUUCGCACCCCUUUCAAUUUCACUCCUCAAGAUUUCAACCGCAGCCCUAACAAGAAGCCGAUUUAUCCUAUGGAUGAUGAUGAUGGUUUUUCCAGCGAUGAAGAGGAACCUGCUGAUUAUAAGGAUUUAAUCCGCAAGGGGAACAGCGAAUUACAGCCCUCCAUUUUUGACCCGAGGGAUGAAGGAACCGCUGAUCACUGGAUUGAACGCAACCCGUCUAUGAUCCGACUCACGGGUAAACACCCGUUCAACUGUGAAGCCCCAUUAACCCAACUCAUGCACCACGGGUUCAUCACGCCCGUCCCUCUCCAUUACGUCCGUAACCACGGUCCAGUUCCUAAAACUAGCUGGAAAGACUGGACCGUUGAGAUACGUGGGCUGGUUAAAAAACCGACCCGGUUCACCAUGGAGCAAUUGGUAAACGAGUUUCCGGCCCGGGAAUUGCCCGUGACUUUGGUUUGCGCGGGUAACAGAAGAAAAGAGCAAAAUAUGGUUAAACAGACCAUAGGUUUUAAUUGGGGAGCAGCAGGUGUUUCCACUUCAGUGUGGCGCGGUGUUCCAUUGCAUUUGGUGCUCAAGCGAUGUGGGAUCUUCAGCCAGAGAAAAGGGGCCCUCAACGUGUGCUUUGAAGGGGCUGAGGAUUUGCCAGGUGGCGGUGGGUCCAAAUAUGGGACCAGCAUCAGGAAGGAGUAUGCCAUGGAUCCAGCUCGUGAUAUAAUUUUAGCUUACAUGCAAAACGGUGAGUUUUUGGCUCCCGAUCACGGCUUCCCCGUCAGAGUGAUUAUUCCGGGAUUUAUCGGUGGAAGAAUGGUCAAAUGGUUGAAAAAAAUCACAGUCACUACUAAAGAAUCAGACAAUUAUUACCAUUACAAGGACAAUCGAGUCCUUCCCUCUCAUGUCGAUGCUGAGCUUGCUAAUGCUGAAGCAUGGUGGUACAAACCAGAGUAUAUAAUAAACGAGUUGAGCGUGAAUUCGGUGAUAACGACACCGUCGCAUGAUGAGAUUCUGCCGAUUAACUCGUGGACAACGCAGAGGCCAUACACGUUGAAGGGAUAUGCAUAUUCUGGCGGUGGAAAGAAGGUGACACGUGUUGAAGUGACGUUGGACGGAGGAGAAUCGUGGCUAGUGUGUUCGUUGGAUCAUCCUGAGAAGGGAAACAAAUAUGGAAAAUUCUGGUGCUGGUGUUUCUGGUCACUGGAAGUUGAGGUUCUUGACCUGCUCAGUGCUAAGGAGAUUGCUGUUCGUGCCUGGGAUGAAGCCCUUAGUACCCAGCCUGAAAAACUCAUUUGGAAUGUUAUGGGAAUGAUGAACAAUUGCUGGUUCCGGGUGAAAACAAACGUGUGCAAGCGACACAGGGGCGAAAUCGGUAUCGUCUUCGAGCACCCAACCUUGCCGGCCAACCAGUCUGGUGGAUGGAUGGCCAAGGAAAGACAUCUCGAGAAAUCAUCAGAUACAACUACGACUUUAAAGAAAAGUGUGUCAACUCCUUUUAUGAAUACUGCGUCAAAAACAUUUUCAAUGGCUGAGGUCAAGAAGCACAAUACAGCCGAUUCAUGUUGGAUAAUCGUUCAUGGCCACGUCUACGACUGCACUCGCUUCCUUAAAGACCAUCCAGGAGGCACUGAUAGCAUUUUGAUCAAUGGCGGAACUGACUGUACUGAAGAAUUCGAUGCUAUUCACUCCGAUAAGGCUAAGAAAAUGCUGGAGGAUUAUCGUAUCGGAGAGCUUGUCAAUUCAAAUUCUUACGGAUCCGAUUCCAACACAUCUUCGCCAAACAAUUCAGUGCAUGGAGCAUCUAAUAUGUUGCUGACCCAUUUGGCACCGAUCAAGGAAAUUACCCCUGCUGUUCCGGUGAGCAAUAUCGCCCUUGUUCCAAGAGAAAAAAUCCCAUGCAAGCUGGUGAAGAAGGAAUCACUUUCGCACGACACACGUCUCUUUCGAUUUGCAUUACCUUACGAAGAUCAAGUAUUGGGGUUACCUGUAGGGAAGCACAUUUUCAUAUGUGCUAGUAUCGAUGAUAAGCUAUGCAUGCGAGCUUAUACACCAUCAAGCGCCAUUGAUGUAGUAGGAUAUUUCGAGCUCGUGAUCAAAGUUUACUUCAAGGGUGUGCAUCCAAGGUUCCCUAACGGAGGGCAAAUGUCUCAAUAUCUUGACUCACUUCAACUCGGAUCCAGCAUCGACGUAAAAGGUCCUGUAGGUCACAUUGAAUACACUGGUCGCGGAAACUUCACCGUUCAUGGCAAAUCCAAGUUCGCCAAGAAGCUAGCCAUGUUGGCGGGCGGAACCGGAAUAACACCGAUAUAUCAAGUAAUGCAAGCCAUCUUGAAAGAUCCCGAGGACGAUACCGAGAUGUACGUGGUGUAUGCGAAUCGUAGUGAGGAGGAUAUUUUGCUGAGGAAAGAGCUUGAUUCUUGGGCAAAAGAAUAUUCUGAAAGAGUGAAGGUAUGGUAUGUUGUUGAAUCAGCCAACGAAGAGUGGCAAUAUAGUAAAGGAUUCAUCACUGAAACUAUCCUGAGGGAGCAUGUUCCUGAAGGAUCAGACGAUACUCUAGCGUUGGUCUGUGGACCACCACCCAUGAUUCAGUUUGCUGUGCAGCCAAAUUUGGAGAAGAUGAAUCACGAUAUCAAGAAUUCACUGCUAAUAUUCUAGACGGGGAUAUGGAGAAAAAAUGCUACUAUAACUAUCUGAGGACUGAGGAUGUAAAUAUUUUUUUAUAUAUAUUGUUUUUUUAUAUAUAUAAUAAGUUGUAUGCUUAGUUGUUUCGACUUUCAAUCUAGAGUACUUAGCGGAGCAAAGAUGCAUCGAAUGGUGAGUACAAAUGCUCUUUGUACGUAAAUGUAGCUCCUCGUGUAUAAAAAUCAACUCUCUCCCCUUUUUUUUUAA